GGCCUCCUCCAGAGUACUUACGGUACUCCGGUUGUAUGCGCGUCAGAAGCGACCGAAGACCCGCUGAAAUUCAAAGUUGAAGGAGGAGACUCACCGGAAGCAUCAAACAAUCAGUAACUCGUUUCUUGGUCUCUGUCAGUUCACCCGUUUCACACACGCUGUAGUUUAACACAGUACUUAUUUUCAGCUCAGCAUGGAGGCUGGCGAAGACGCCAACUUGAAGAGACAGAGAGCGCCUCUGUCUGAUUCUGAAGACGGUGUCCUCUCCCCAUCAGAAGGGAAUGAUGGCCAGAAGCGGCGGCGUCUAGAGGCAGCCGGUCAGGAGAAUCGCAGUCCGAAACCAUCCUCCUCCAGACGCCUGGCUGAGCUUGGCACAAAGCCGGACACGCCCAUGGUUCCUUCAGUCCGGUCCAGAGUCCAGCAACUUACCCAGAGACGAGAGGGGGGAGCUCCUCUUGCCCAGCGGUGCCUCUCAGAUCCUGGGACUAACAGCCCAUCACUCAUCAUCCAUCAAAUGGGCUUCAGAGGGCAUAUCCUAGGUCAGGGAGAGUUCAAUCAGCGCAUGGAGCGUUUUAAAGUGCCGGUCUUCGAAGCUGGUCCCACCCCCGCACCGAGCCCUGCCAGUGCCUCCCCGCGGACCCGCUCCAACGUUGUGUCUGCCAUUCAGCAGAAACUCCACGGCACUCCAGCACCAAGCUCCAAGCAGGCUUCUCUCAUUCGCCAGGAACGGGAAGAGGAGUUGAGCCAGUUGCCUUUCCAACCAAUCAGUGAGAACGCUUGGCUGAAAAGGAGCAGCUCCUAUCCCUCGUUAUCUCAGCAGAUAGAUGGUGACGCUGAGAUGAAAGAUGGCAGCUUUACUGAUGCUACAUCUACAUCAUGUGCAGAGAAGCAAUCUUCAGAUGGGACAGGUGAAAGGGCACCCGGUGACUCUGAAGCUCUCGUAGAGCUUGACAACUCUCAUGAAGCUGGGCAGCUGAACGCUGGACGGACGGAGCUAAAUCCUCAUCGAGGUGAUGAAGUCAUGGAGGAUGAAGGAAGUAAGGAAAGGCAGCCAGAGACCCAACAACCACAGGCCCAGACUGUCUUGAAGUUGUCGUUUAGUGAGGAUCAGAGUUUUUCCAAAGUACCUUUGAGUGACGACCAGAACAUGUCAGAGUUGUCUACAGGUGAUGAGCAAAGCUCACUAGAAUCCACUCGGACGGAAGCCGAUGAGGUUUCCGUAGUAACUGAAGAGGCGUUUUCAUAUGAAGAAAGAGAUGGCUCUUCAUACAGCGAAGGGGGGGUUGAGCCUUCAACAGAUGAGGAGUUAAGGUUGUGGAGAUAUCCUCUAGACGAGGAAGAGUCUAUCGUAGCUGGAGAACAGGAGGAAGAAGAGUGUGUUGGAGAGUUGGACUCAUCCAGAGUGGAAAAAGGUAAACGAGGCUGUGUUGUCGAUCACAGUGAACCCUCUCACAUCCAGGAUGGUGAAUCCUUUUUGGGGGAUGUCUUUGCUGAGACGGCUAGCUCUUCUGAAAUGCAGGAAGAUGAGAACCCUAGACCCGAGGAGUCACAAAGCUGUUUCAAUGAUUCUGUGAAACACCAAUCUAAUCCAAGCGGAGACAUCGAGACCAUAGAGUCCUGUGAAGGACUUCCUCAGGGAGCAGAUACAGAAGCUGUUGAUAUUUCUAUAAUAAAACCAAACCAGAAAGACACAGGAGGAUGUCGUCAAAAGGAUGACGUGUGUCACCAGUCAAAUGAGAUCCAGACAGUCGGUAAAGAAGAAAACAACAUGGAUCUCGAGUCAGACAGAAGUGGCUGCGACAAACAAGCGGAGGCAUCUCCUUCUGCGAUUCUUCAGGCUCUGACAGAAACACAGACGGAGUACACAGAGCUCAAAAUAAAUAUUAAACAUGCAGCAAAACACCAGGCAGAGUCAUCAGACACCGAUGGGAUGGAUAGAGCUCCGAGUUCCACAGAGGUGUCGGAUCACCUUUUGGAGAGCGAGCAAAUGGAGCGAGGUACAGUAGAUGGGAGCCAGAUGGUUGUAGAUGGGCUGAGAGAAGGAACUCACAAGGUGGAAGGAGAGAGCUCAAAGAAAGUCACCUUCAUCCUGGAGCCUGAGCUCAUCAAUGACUCCACCCUGUCUGAGGCCAACACCUCCACAGAAACAAACGCUGAGCUGAGCUCUCAUGAUGAGACCAACACGGCUGAAUUCAUCGACCAGAUGUUCGAGGAGGUGCUGGAAUAUGCUGGAAGGAUGGAGGAGGAGAGGGGGGUCGAUGAAGACGCCGAGGACCACGACAGCGGUAUCGGCGCUUGUCCCGGGGACAAAGACAAGAUGGACACUGAGUCGGAGAAGAAGAAGAGUGAAGAAGAGGGGGAGUCCAAAGAAGAAGAGUGCGAUGCGAGCAAGAAGCUUGAAAGCAACAGAGAUGAGCUCACCUUUCCUCCCAGCGGCAUCCUCUCUCCCCUCAGCAAGUCUGUAGAGGCUGUGGUCACCCCUUUCCGACUGGCAGGGAGCCAGGACUCCAAUCCUUCCUCCCUGCUCUUGACUCCAGAAGAGACCACCACCCCUCCUGCAGAGUCGGCUCCUCUAUACAGUAUUGAUGCCUACCGCACUCAAAGACAGAGUCAUCUGCCCACCAUUCAGAGUGUCACUCCUGGGGUUCAGAGACGAGCACCAGAGAAGCUUCAGCCCGCCGUCAACACCAAGGAGACAAUCACGGCCCUCGGUGAAGAAGCAGGGAAGCUGCAGAAUGUGAUCAACCAGACCCUGCAGGCUCUGAGCUGCUGCACUGAUGAGGAGCAUGGACGGGGCUCGCUGGAGGAGGCUGAAGCGGAAAAACUACUUUUGGUCUCCUGUGAGAAACGCUCGUCCCUGCUGGCGGAGGUGGCCAGACUGAGAGAGGAGCGGAGCGCUGAGUCAGCGGAGGACGGCGAGUAUGUUUCCCAGCAGGCCUGCAGAGGCACCGUCAGCAUCACAAAGAUCCAGCUGCCUCUCAAGGUGGAGUUUGUCUGCUCCUCCCACAAACGCACAGGUCGGCCAAGUCACUACUUCUUUGUGCUGAUCCGCUACGGGCCGUGCAACAUCGUCGCCACCCCGCUGGCCACGGCUGCUGAUGCUCAGAACGGAGACACCAUCUCCUUCCCGACCGCCGUCACUCUGAAAGAUAUCCGCUCGUCCUUUGAGAUUGAUGUGGAGGUCUACAGCCUGUCCCACACUUCAGGUAGUAACUGCAGCGUGGACCGGACCACCACCAAGUCACGGGUCACGCCAAGAAAGCUUCUGAACACGAUCACAAGAUCCAGUAACAGUCUGACAUCUGGUGCUCUUCCUGCCCUCAACACUCGUCGCUCCAGCAACUUCUUUCUGGUGGGCUCCCACAAGAUCACCUUGGCCUCGCUGGGACACAGCAAGUUCCCCCUGGAUAAGAUGAAGCUUGAGGGCAAAAUCAGGAGGCUGCUGGGAGAUGAAUUUCAGGACAAGGUGCCUUUCCUCUCACCUCUGGAGGGCAACAUCUACCUGCGACUGGACAGUGAACGACACUCUAAUGUCCAGCACCACGGCUUCCUGACCAUGUUUGAGUUGAUCGGUGGAUACGGGGUGUGGCAUCGCCGAUAUUUUGUACUGGAGGGAUGCAACAUGUACCACUGGAACCACCCCAACGACAAAGAGACUAAGGAGGCAGAGGGCAGCCUUUCUCUGUCCAGCGCCCACAGCCGCUGCGUCAGGCCUGUGAAGAGAGACUCGUGUGCUCGACCUUUCACCUUCGAGCUGGUCAGCAACGUCCCGCCGCAGCAGGACUCCAGCUCCAAGUGUUGGUUUUCAGCCGACACCAAACAGGAGAGACUGGACUGGAUGGGGAAACUCAACCAGGCGCUGCUGGACUUUAACACGUGGAACCAAGCGGAGAGUGAGCAGUGGAGCUCGUCCAGCAGUGGGAGCCUGAGGGAGAGCAUCCUGUGACCGUCGCUCAGCCAGCAGACCACUCACACGGCUUCUAUCUAAUGUGAUCGAGCGACACUUGGUGCCUGUUGUUACUACAGAAGUAACCAGUUAAAAUGCCAAUACAACGCAUUGCUCUGCUCCCUCGUAUUCCCAGGUAUACACUUUGUAUUGCUGCAUGUAAAUAAGCCCAUAUCAUUACAUAUCUAAACCCAUAUUAUAUAAUACAGCGGAUGAGUUAACUGGGGAGGUAAAAGAUUGAAUGUAGUCUGUUCUGCCUGAUGUCUGUUCUUUUACAUGUAUUUCCAAAUGUCAGUCUGUCACUUUGUCGUAAAUGUUAUUCAUGUGAACUCAUCUAUGCACCUAAUUGGAGGUAUCUAUACAAUAAAUGGAUACAAAAACAGUG